UUGUUGACUCCCGUUGCUACAUCUUGCUGCGUGCUGAACGGUGUGCUGUUGCUGUACCGGAUCAUUCUUGACUGGAAAGGGUGAGAUCAUGCUCCUCGACCUCCAGCACAACAUCUACUACAUGCCCUGUGGUGACCUGUGCGCCACCACCUGUCUGGAGCAGACGGAGGACCAACCCACGUACGAGGUACGUGCUUACACCGCCCCCUUGUUGACCACCGGCUAUAUCAUACGGGACUUCGGUUUUACUUGACUGACUGAAGGACUUGAAGGCAUCCCUUCCGACGGCGGUAGUGUCUUCAACGGGUUGCGGUGUUCCAUGUAGUAACAUGUUUUUUUUCCAAGUUGUGUGCUUGUCAUCGUUGUUGAGCUCCGCACGUCCUGACAAUCCAAGAUUUUCAUCAGUAUUGGAUGGGUAGACUUUUUGUCUUCAUGCAGAAGCCUGCGGCAAGUGAUUUGAACGUGUAACCUCUCGAGCAACUUGAAACCAACGUCCGCGGCUCCGUCCCUUCACACGGACGACAGUCUUUGGGUUGCUUCGCU